GACGUGUCAAACCGAGUUAUGUGCUUCUUCUAUAAAUAGAACGACAAUAAGAAUUCAAUGAGAAAAUAAAAGGAUUUUUCAUGAAGAGGAUGCUCAUUUCUUGGAUUUUAACUGCUUCUGCCCUUCUUUUCUAACUACUCAUCAUCUUUUCAGUUUUUGGCUUUUAAUUUAAUCAUAUCAUAUCCAGAAAAUUCAAAUACGAAGCUAGAUCGAGGAAAAGAAAAAGUUAGGGAUUAGCAGAUUUUUCUAUACGAAGAAGUAUCGAGCUCAAGAGCUUAGAGGGCCACAAUUGGACAAGGGGAAGGAGAAAGUGAUCGAAUAGCCGAAAAAGCCGUUCGACAACAUCCGAGGAAAGGGAUAUUAAACCUAAAACACAUUGACACCCAGCAGCAGCCAACCUUCUUGAAUCUAUUUUCUUUUUUAUUUUCGACCAUAAAUUGGUUUUCUCGAGAAAAAUCUCUUUCAUUUUGCUUGUUAAUAUAAAAACACAUUAAAUUUUGUGAAGAUUCCCUUGAUUGACUCAUCGUAUUUCUUUGAACAAUUUCUUGUAUUUUUUUUACCAGUUGACUCUUUUUUUGUUAAUAUUGGUUAUUCUUCGAUCGUACGGCAUUUGAAACGCCUUCAAAACCCGAAAGGGAUUCAUCCCUGAAUUAGUCGACAAAAUUUUCUGUUUUUCUUUUGGGUCCACUAAAACUUUUUCACUGCAACCUAAACCCCACCAAUUCCCUUUUGUUGUUUUAUUAAGAGGGCUCUAUUUCCUCGAAAAGCACUAGGAAGCAAAAACCAAAUUUUGAACUUCAAGAAUCAGUUUAAAUAAUUAGGGUUUUAAUUUGAAAAGGACAUGGGAGGCUGCGUUUCUGGUGACUUGAAAGGAGGCAAGCAAGCUAUAGGUGGGGUUCAUGGUAGGCCCACUAUGAAUAAUGACGCAGGAUAUAACGAAGCCAUUGAACGCUUUUUCAGAGAUAGAGGUCAAUCUCCUCUUUUUACUCCAAUUGAGUUAUCUCUGUCAGCAUCAAACUUGCGCAAUCUUGACAUCAUAUCAAAGAGUGAUCCUAUGGCAGUUCUGUAUGUAAAGAAAAUGGAUGGCACACUAGAGGAGCUUGGUCGUACUGAAGUCAUACUCAACUGUUUGAAUCCUACUUGGAUUGAGAAGAUUAAUGUUUCUUAUCAGUUUGAGAUUGUUCAAAAUUUGGUUUUUCAUGUAUAUGAUGUGGAUACCAAGUAUCACAACAUGUCUGUGAAGGCACUAAAGUUGAAUGAGCAGGAUUUUUUGGGAGAAGCCACUUGUGUUCUGUCUGAGAUAGUGACCAAAAGAAAUCGAUCUUUAACUCUCAAUCUCCAUGGAAAAAACGGUCCAGGAGGUUCCAAAAACUUUGGGACACUGACUGUCCAUGCUGAAGAAUCUUGUUUAUCCAGAAUGGCUGUGGAGAUGAAAUUGCGUUGUUCUCAGUUAGACAACAAGGACAUGUUUUCUAAAAGUGAUCCUUUCUUGAGAAUAUCAAGACUAACUGAAAGUGGAAAAUAUAUACCAAUAUGCAAGACAGAGGUGAUAAACAACAAUUUAAAUCCAGUUUGGAGACCAUUAUAUCUAAGCAUGCAACAGUUUGGAAGCAAGGAUAACCCAUUACGUAUUGAGUGUUUCGAUUUCAACAGUAAUGGCAAUCAUGUACUUAUUGGCCAACUUCAUAAAUCAGUUUCUGAGUUGGAAAAACUUCACAAAGACAGAAGUGGUGCAAAUCUGGUUUUCCCAACUCAUCGUGGUCAGGAAAAGGUUCUCAAGGGCCAGCUCUUUGUAGAUCAAUUUAUUGGGAAAGAGCAAUUCAGUUUCCUUGACUACAUUUCUAGUGGAUUUGAGCUAAAUUUUAUGGUUGCCAUUGACUUUACAGCUUCAAAUGGGACUCCUCGAAAUCAAGAUUCCUUGCACUACAUUGAUCCUUCAGGACGAUUGAAUUCUUACCAGAAAGCUAUAAUAGAGGUUGGGGAGGUCAUACAAAUUUAUGAUUCUGAUAGCAGAUUUCCAGCUUGGGGCUUUGGAGGGAGGUAUGGUGGCACUUUAUCCCAUUGCUUUAACUUGAACGAUACAAAUGCCUAUGAGGUCGAAGGUGUUCAAGGCAUCAUGGCUGCUUAUGCUAAUGCUCUGCACACUGUCACUCUGGCUGGACCUACUUUGUUCGGCCCUGUAAUCAACACGGCUGCACAAUUGGCGGCUACCUCAAAUGACAUUACCAAAUAUUUUGUGCUGCUCAUUAUAACGGACGGGGUUCUGACAGAUAUACAAGAAACAAUGGAUGCUUUGGUUAGGGCAUCCGAUCUACCUCUAUCCAUUCUUAUAGUUGGAGUGGGGAAUGCAGACUUUAAACAAAUGGAGGUUCUGGAUGCUGAUGAUGGACGUCGAUUGGAGAGUUCAACAGGUCGGGUCGCUACACGAGACAUUGUACAAUUUGUUCCCAUGCGAGAAGUGCAUAGCGGGCAGAUUUCUGCUGUUCAGGCUCUACUGGAAGAGCUACCGCAUCAGUUUUUGACUUACAAUCGGUCUAGAAACAUUAAGCCACUCCGUUCUUGAUUGCCCCCAAAAUCUUUCAAAGCAUUGACAAAGGUAAUUAGAUUACUACCGUCUCUUGAAAUAUAGUGCACAAGUAGCCUUAAGAACCAAAUACAGAUAUACAGUUUAGGAUUUAGUUUUACAACAAAUUGUUAAUAUUGGCUUUUAUGCAGAAGUAGAGGUAAAUACCAUGUAAGAAGGCAUUAAUCAAUGAAAUUCGUUGUAUUCAUCGUUUAUUUGAUUCUUAA